AUGAGAAGGAAAACUCAUAGAAAAAUUGUUGGCACUUUCAGCAGUCAUAGUUAUGAAGAAGAUAAAAGCAAUGACAACAAGACUCGCAUGUCUUACAAUUUGAAAGGCGUGUUACUACUUCAUAACCUUCAAUUUCGCUGUGCCGCCAAACAGAUAAUUCUCAAUUCUCAACGGCCUCACCCCCAAAUCACCACCGCUCUCCGCCACCUUCCCGGUCAUUUUCCUUUCAAUCCGCCUCUUCUUGUUAAUCAGAGAAACCCUAAAAGUAGAAUCAGAUUCCCCUGCUUAAUCUCUAUCUCUUCUUCUUUGUUCUAA